AUGCCCCGUGGCUUCGAUAAGCUCCUCCACCAUGAACCCGAAUCAUCACCAGACCCUCCACCACGACGCCCCUCCACGCAAUCCCGCUACCAUCUUCACGUCCGACAACAACCCAUCGCCGCGCGAGCAUGCGGCGCCGGCGAUAGGGACAGACGCCCCGUCGAUCCACCACCAAUAGUACAAAUCCUCCUCACAGACUUCGACCCGGAAUCCCAAGACGACCGCGACAUCCUGCAAGAUCCGCGCUUCACAGUGGGCUGCCUGCUCUUUCCUGUCCCAGACACCACCGGCUGGACCCCAUCAUCAGAAGGCGAAGCCAGCCAAUCCGCCGAACGUGACCCCGACAACAUCGCCCGCGCAGACGAUUCCUUCUCUACACCACUCCUCUCUGGAAAAGCCUUCAUGUCCCCCUUCUUCGUCGACGCAGACCCAGACCCAAACUCCGCACCCACCCACCCAUCCUCAGACGACUUCCACACUCUAAACAGCCCCACAACCCACAGCCACAGUCAAAUCCACCCCCAAUCCCUCCGCAACGCAUCAAAACUCAACCAACCCGCAACAUUCUUCAUCUUCGCAGACCUAUCGAUCCGCUCCGCAGGCCUGUAUAGACUCCAAUUCCGACUGAUGAAUUGGGGUUCCGUCGAGGAUACCGGUCAAUCUAUGCCUAUCCUGGCGGAAGCCUGGUCUGAUCCGUUCCGGGUAUAUGCGGCGAAGGAUUUCCCGGGAAUGCGGGACUCGAGUAUUCUUGCGGAGGGGUUGAAGGAGCUUGGGUUUGUGGAGCUGAAGACUAGGGGGAAUGGGAAGGGGAAGGGCAGAAAGAGGUUAUGA